GGCGAGGACGGGGCGCCGGCGCCGCCGCCCCCGGGCUCGCGGCCUGCAGAUCUUGAGCCAGAUGAUUGUGCAUCCAUUUACAUCUUUAAUGUAGAUCCACCUCCAUCUACUUUAAACUCACCACUUUGCUUACCACAUCAUGGAUUACCGUCUCACUCUUCUGUUUUGUCACCAUCGUUUCAGCUCCAAGCUCACAAAAACUAUGAAGGAACUUAUGAGAUCCCUGAAUCUAAAUAUAGUCCCAUAGGUGGCCCCAAACCAUUUGAAUGUCCAAGUAUUCAGAUUACAUCUAUCUCUCCUAACUGUCAUCAAGAAAUAGAUGCACACGAAGAUGACAUAAAUGACCCAGAAAGGGAAUAUUUGGAAAGGCCUUCUAGAGACCAUCUCUAUCUUCCUCUUGAUCCAUCCUACCGAGAGUCUUCCCUUAGUCCUAGUCCUGCCAGCAGCAUCUCUUCUAGGAGCUGGUUCUCAGAUGCAUCCUCUUGUGAAUCUCUUUCACAUAUUUAUGACGAUGUGGACUCGGAGUUGAAUGAAGCUGCUGCCCGAUUUACUCUUGGAUCCCCCCUGACUUCUCCUGGUGGUUCUCCAGGAGGCUGUCCUGGAGAAGAGUCCUGGCACCAACAGUAUGGACUUGGACAUUCCUUGUCACCUAGGCAAUCACCUUGCCAUUCUCCUAGAUCCAGUAUCACUGAUGAGAAUUGGCUGAGCCCCCGGCCGGCCUCAGGACCUUCAUCAAGGCCUACUUCCCCCUGUGGGAAACGGCGUCACUCAAGUGCUGAAGUGUGUUAUGCUGGAUCCCUUUCACCCCAUCACUCACCCGUUCCGUCUCCUGGUCAUUCUCCCAGGGGAAGUGUAACAGAAGAUACCUGGCUCAGUGGAUCAGGCCUUGGCCCAGCACUUUUUCCAUUUCAGUACUGCAUAGAGACUGAUAUCCCUUUGAAAACAAGGAAGACUUCAGAGGAUCAAGCUGCCAUAUCACCAGGAAAAUUAGAGCUCUCUUCAGAUGACCAAGGGAGUUUAUCACCAUCCCGAGAGACUUCAAUAGAUGAUGGCCUUGGAUCUCAGUAUCCUUUAAAGAAAGAUUCAUCUGGUGACCAGUUUCUUUCAGUUCCUUCACCCUUUACUUGGAGCAAACCAAAACCUGGCCAUACCCCCAUAUUUCGCACAUCUUCAUUACCUCCACUAGACUGGCCUUUACCAACUCACUUUGGACAGUGUGAACUGAAAAUUGAAGUGCAACCUAAAACUCAUCAUCGAGCCCAUUAUGAAACCGAAGGUAGCCGAGGGGCAGUAAAAGCAUCUACUGGGGGACAUCCUGUUGUGAAGCUCCUGGGCUUUAAUGAAAAGCCAAUAAAUCUGCAGAUGUUUAUUGGAACAGCAGAUGAUCGAUAUUUACGACCUCAUGCAUUUUACCAGGUGCAUCGAAUCACUGGGAAGACAGUUGCUACUGCAAGUCAAGAGAUAAUAAUUGCCAGCACAAAAGUUCUGGAAAUUCCACUACUUCCUGAAAACAAUAUGUCAGCCAGCAUUGACUGUGCAGGUAUUUUGAAACUCCGCAAUUCAGAUAUAGAACUUCGAAAAGGAGAAACUGAUAUUGGCAGAAAGAAUACUCGAGUACGGCUUGUUUUUCGUGUACACAUCCCACAGUCCAAUGGAAAAGUUCUUUCUCUCCAGAUAGCUUCUAUUCCUGUUGAGUGCUCCCAGCGGUCUGCUCAGGAACUUCCUCAUAUUGAGAAGUACAGCAUCAACAGUUGUUCUGUAAAUGGAGGUCAUGAAAUGAUUGUGACUGGAUCUAAUUUUCUUCCAGAAUCUAAAAUAAUUUUUCUUGAAAAAGGACAAGAUGGACGACCUCAGUGGGAGGUAGAAGGAAAAAUAAUCAGGGAAAAAUGUCAAGGGGCUCACAUUGUCCUUGAAGUUCCUCCAUAUCAUAACCCAGCAGUUACAGCUGCAGUGCAGGUGCACUUUUAUCUUUGCAAUGGCAAGAGGAAAAAAAGCCAGUCUCAACGUUUUACUUAUACACCAGUUUUGAUGAAGCAAGAACACAAAGAGAUUGAUUUGUCUUCAGUUCCAUCUUUGCCUGUGCCUCAUCCUUCCCAGACCCAGAGGCCUUCUUCAGAUUCAGGGCACCCACAUGACAAUGUACUGUCAGCACAGAGAAGCUUGGUUUGUCCCAUCCAGCAAACAUAUGCAACCAUGGUAACCUCAUCCCAUCUGCCACAGUUGCAGUGUAGGGAUGAAAGUGCAAGUAAAGAACAGCAUAUGAUACCUUCUUCAGUUGUGCACCAGCCUUUUCAAGUGACACCGACACCUCCUGUGGGAUCUUCCUAUCAGCCUAUGCAAACUAAUUUUGUGUACAACGGACCAACUUGUCUUCCUAUUAAUGCUGCCUCUAGUCAUGAAUUUGAUUCAGUUUUGUUUCAGAAAGCAACUCUUCCUACUUUAGUAAAUCUUAGCUGUCAACCACUGUCCUCCAUACAAUUUCAUUCUUCAAAUUCAGGCUCAACAGGACAUCUCUUAGCACAUACACCUCAUUCUGUGCAAACCCCAUCUCACCUUCAGUCAGUGGGAUACCGUUGUUCAAACACAGGACAAAGAUCUCUUUCUUCUCCAGUGGCUGACCAAGUCACAGGUCAGCCUUCUCAGUUACACCCUAUCACAUUUGGUCCUUCACAUUCAGGGUCUGCUACCACAGCUUCCCCAGCAACCUCUUGUCCCAUAGCUAGUUCACCACUUUCUGGACCACCAUCUCCUCAGCUGCAGCCUAUGCCUUACCAGUCUCCUAGCUCAGGAACUGCCUCAUCACCAUCUUCAGCCACCAGAAUGCAUUCUGGACAGCAUUCAACUCAAGCACAAAGUACAGGCCAGGAAGGUCUUUCUGCACCAUCAUCCUUAAUAUGUCACAGUUUGUGUGAUCGAGCUUCGUUUCCACCUGAUGGGGCAACUGUGACUAUUAAACCUGAACCUGAAGAUCAGGAACCGAAUUUUGCCACCAUUGGUCUACAGGACAUCACUUUAGAUGAUGUAGUGAUCUUGUCUUCUUUGACACAGACCAGUUUAUGUCUGACUUGGAACACCAGCCAUCAGGCUCAGCAGAAAAAUGGCCUAACCACAGUGAGCUCUCAUGUCCAGCUCCUUUCUGGAGAAUCUAGAGGUGAACGAGAUAAUUGGGAGAGACAUGUCCCAGAUUUCUGUUUCCCAAGGAACAGUGGGGAGCAGGCAGAUUCCCCUCCUGGAUCCUGAGUCCUUGGAUUUAGGAAGAUCCGACGUGCUCUGAGUGCUCACUGCAGCCUUGUGUCUACCACCAACUUCUCAGCAUGUUUCUGUCCCUGGACCUCGUGUUUCCAACUGUGUGGCCAUCAGGACUGGUGCCAGGCAUUGGACUCACCAUUUGUGGAGAAAACAGCAUUCUCUACCUUGGGCCUAGGGUAGAUUUUGUAAAGAAUAGGAGCAGCCUAGGCUGCUUGAGCUUUGGGAAAUGAGCUUUGCUUUUUAUAUUUAAAUAGGAUACUUUUAUAUGAUGGGUGCUUUCGAGCGUGAAUGCGGCAGGCUCUCCAUUUCAGAGGUGCUGCUUUUGCAGGUUACCUGGUUGCUUUGCUAGGAUUAGUGUUUGUACUGCUUUUUGGUCAUUUGAAGGGCCCUUUAGUUUGAUGAUAUUUUUAAAAUAGGAACUUUUGAUAAAACUUUCCAGAGGCAAAAAAAAGUUUAAAAAAAUAUCCCAAGCCCACACCUAUGCCACAGAAAUUCAGCAUGUGUCCUGAAGCCUUUCGUAGAUUCAUAGGAAAUAAAGCCAAAUGUAGC